GGCCAGUGAGCUGGUGAAGGCCGAGUCUAUCUGAUUGCGUCAAACCAGCGUGGGGAGGGUGAUUAGCAACUCGGAUUGGUAGUGGGGAACAGUGCGUCUGCGGUAGGAGGAGUUAUGGUGUGACCGUGGGAUCUGAACGGCUUCCAUUGCACUGACUGCGGCUCCCAGGGUCAGGAGGAGCACAGAAAAGAAGAGAGAGCAUGUGGCAGAGCGUGGGUCUGACAUUUUUGGUAUUCAUAGCCACAUUAGUCUGUGUUCUACUGUUUAUGCUAUGUGGUUGGUACGUGGUUUGGCAUCUCUUCUUAUCAAAAUUCAAGUUCCUUCGAGAACUUGUAUGUGACAGUGGUUCUAUACAAGGAGAAAGUGAACCGUCUGAACCACUCAAAGAAGCAGACUCUCCACCUACUCCACAGAGGUCACGGCCGAAGACUCCACGACAAAGGCGGCCACCUGCUGAAGAGGGCACCUAAGAAUGUCAGCAGUUCAAAGCAUCGUCCAUUGGGAAACUCAAAUGCAAUAUUUUACUUAUCUGCACUGUAGAAGUCAACUUUUUCAUUUUAUUGAAGCACUGACUUCAUAAGGUUGGGGUAGGUGAGAAUACCAGGGGAAUACAUUAAUUUACCAUUCAAAUGCUUUACUACAGUUUAGCUGUGUAUAUAUAUUCUGCUUUUCCAAUGGCUGUGAAGGUAUUAUUUGCAUGAUGGUAGACAUGGGAAGGAAAGACAGAGAACCAUGUGUAACAUGCACUUACUGUCUUCUAUAAGCUGGGAUUGCCACUGUUUUAGCUGUGUAACAAUAGGAAGCAUAUCUACCUGUAUUGGCCCACUGAAGUGGACUGGCAUGCAAGAAUUCAAGGCCAUUUAGUUCUGACCCUUGGGAAUGUUGUCCUUCAAAAAGGGCCCUAAGUGCAUUUAGUAAUUUCACAGCUUCAACAUUCCAUGUUGUGAUGUUAUAGUGUUGAAGUAAAAAAAAAUUAGACUUCCAGAUAGAAGUAAAAACCUUUUAGUCAAUCUGCUUUGCUAAAGAAACACUUGUUUAGGGAUUCUGUUAACAAAAAGCCAGUAAAAAAAAAAAAAUUGCAGCAGUGCAUUGCUGCUGCAGCAAAAAAAAAAUCACAGCCUCCAGAAUGCCAAUAUAUAAAGGGUUAUAUUACCAGAUUCUUGGCCUUAGCUCUUAUGUAUUUUGUCGUGAAUCUGUCAUUAUGAAAAAGAGAGCAUUUGUGAGCUUUUCAAAACCAAGAAAAAAUCGUCCUUGAUUUUUAUUUCAUAGCAAAAUCCGAAUAUGGAUAUCUUUCAACAUUAAGGACAUUUAUUGCCUUUUUAUCUUGUGCUCGUUCACCAGAUGGAUUUUGAUUUUCCUGUCCCCAUAUGGAACAUUGCAUCUUAAAGUUAAUUUCAACAAGAUUAUCUUUAGGUCCCUGUUUGUGCAAUAUAGAGGUAAACCAUAAUAAGUGGUGGUAGCCUGUGAAUGAAAAUGCUACACCACCGCUUGGUACUGGAUACAUCAACAAAAAACUGCCAUCACUUACUAAACUCAGUCUUAUAUAUUUUCAAACAGGACCAACCGUGACUAUGGAAAUGCUUUUUUUAGACCUAUUUACGGUGUACUUUUUCUGAAGGAUUUGUAUAUGUUUAAUAGCCGCAGCUAUUAUUAUUAUUAGUCAUUGUUCAAAGGAUGUUUCCUAUUGAUCUUUUUUUCUCUGUAAAACAUCACUUUUCAACACAAAACACUAAGUUGUUGCUUUUAUCAUAAUGUAUCUCUGUUUAAUUUGAUGAUUUUAUUCAAAGGUGCAGAUUUUAUUUGACUGCAAAGCAGAUUUAGUUUACUAUAAACCGUUACAUAUGAUUUUGCACAUAUCACUACCCUUUUAUACUGCUGUUGUAAUGCACAGCAUUUAUGCAGCUUAUUAUUAAAUGUUAUUUAAUGUUAAAGUCAAAGGUUUUGUUUAUAACAUAUCAACAUUCUUUAAAGUGUUCAUGUACAUCAUUUUAUUGCAGAUGUAAAUAUAUCUGUACAACCCCCCAGCAGCAUGUGACUCAUAAGUCCAAAACUAUUCAAACUUUGUAUUUUGGGAGUGGGGGGGAUAUGGUGUUGUACAUUUUAUUUUUAUAGGACUAAAAUGUUUGUAAGAGCCUAUAACAUUUUCUGUGUGCGGGAUACAGAUUUGUCUGUAACAAUGCUGGGAUUCACCUAAGGAGAGAACGCCUAGGCCCUCUAAAUAAGGUACUCUAAUUGCAUUACAUUGUGGUCUCUAAUACAUAGGCAGUCCUUGAAAAAUUAAAUGUUCUAUCUUCAGAGCUAGUGUUAGACGCUCUAAGGGUCUAUAUGGUUUCUCAAGGGGCCUUAUAGCGGGCUCAUGGCAAAAAUCAUAAAUUCUUUACAGUUUCAAUAUAAAUUAAAAAAAAAAAAUAUAUAUAUAUAUAGCCAACAUAGCAACUACAAAUAUAAAUUGCUUACAGCAAAAUUACUUUAUUAUUAGUGUUUUGGGGAGGAAGGCUGUCCUGAAAAAGUCACAUUAAUUAAUUAAAGGGAUAUGAAACAAAAAAUAUUUUUCAUGAUUCAGAUUGAGCAUGUCAUUUUAAUCUUUCUAAUUUACUUGUAUUAUCAAUUUUUCUUUGUUCUCUUGGUAUCUCUUGUUUAAAACCAUGGACGUAAUCUUAGGAGCUAGCACGUUUUGGAGCACUAUAUGGUAGAAGUUUUGCAUGAACGUUAUUCCUUUGCAAGAGCACUAGAUGGCAGAGCUAUUUCCUACCAUGUAUUCAAAACACAAUAUCAUGGGAACAAAGCAAAUUUGAUAAUAGAAGUCAAUUGGAAACAAUUUUAAAAAUGGUAUGCUCUGUCUAUAAUUGUUUUUCAUAUAAUUUAAGUAUUUUUUUUCCAUUUAUAUUCAUACUAGUGUGUCUUCUAUUGGCCCCUGGAAUUUGUUAGGUAUUGUUUUUACAGAUAUUAGCAUGGAUGGAUAUAUAUAUAUGUGUGUGUGUGUGUGUUUUUGACCAGACUAAAUUGGAGCUGUAUAUCUUAUAAUGCUAGAAAUAAACUUAUGUGCUGUAACAUAUUCCUCUUCAAA